GCUCGCCUCGCGCGGCUCAAUGGGAUUAUCUCCUUGUUUGCAACGGAGUGGACUGUAUCGGAGUAAUUCGCACCGUCCGCUGCUGCGUAAUAGGCCCUAGCCUGCGGCAACGUGAACAGGAAGAGGUUGGCGGCCGUCGCUGAGCCCUUCACGAACGAACUGCCCUGACUCGGCUCAUCCUCCCGCGCUUUUCGCUACACCACGGCGGGACCGCGACCCCUCGCUGGCUGGCCUCAAAAUCGAUUAUUUCGCCCCUCGUUGUCCCUUGGUCCCUAGGCUCGCCGCUACCAUACAUAGCACACAGUCACCACCCCGCGCGCGGGGGCUUCGUGCGACCCGUGCUUCCCUUCAAGUUUCCACCUCCACGUCCGACUCCACAUGCGAUCGGUUAUGUCUCAACCAGAUCAGGACCCUCAGUGGUCGCAGUCGCAGCAUUUCGAGAGCAUGGACUUGCCUGCCCAGGAAUUCGUCGACAAUCUGCUGGACUUUGACCACAUCGACUUCGACCUCCCCAUCGACUUCUCGGGCCACAGUUCCGCGCCGAACGACCACCAGCUCUCUGCCCUCGCCGACUCGUUGAGCUCGCAACACCUCCCCUCCUCCGGCGUCGUACAACCUCAGCAGCAUGAUGACCUGUCAAAUGACCGCCACCAACAGUCGAACAAUGACUUUUUCGACUUUACCUUCCAGCCGCCUUAUGAGCAGGCGAACCAUCAGCAGCCCAACUUCCACCUGCCCCAGGACCACCCAAUGCAUUCGCACGGGGCUGUUCCACCCACGCCGAAUAGCGUAGAGAUGCACGGAGGCGCCGCGCGCUAUAUGCAUCAUAUGGAUCCCCAGAGCCGGGCGAUAUUGGAGCAGCGCUUCCAGCCGAGGAAAGAAGACAUGGCAAGCUUCACGCCUCUUGUCUCUCCCGCCGUGACUCCCCAUGAGCCGCAUUUUCAAUUCCCACCAGAGUACACCGUUCCCGGCGCCUAUUUUAGUCCUCUCACGUCACCUGCGCUGAAGGCCCAGAAUCAGAACCAUCGAGGUUCUUUUAUAUCGCAUCCCCAUACUGCGGACACUUCUAUAACAACGUCUCCGAUAGAUUUGGACAUGGAUAUGCUUGAAGAGGCGGCGAUACCGCAGGAGCACCAGCCCAAGGCAAGAAAGAAGACUACAACCACGCCGCGCUUGUCUGCAUCCUCGGGACGGGUGCGGCAGUCGCCGAUUGUCAAGGCGCAACACAAGCGGAAAAGCACAUUGUCAUCUACCCUCCAGGCUAAAGAAGUAAAUGCGCUGUUGGAAGAGUCUCAAAAACUUGGACCAAGAUCUACGCACUCGUCGAUGAGCUUAAACGUAUCCCGCAGUCGGGACGCCUCAGAAGGCGAAUCAAUAUCUCCUGAACCUCUCUCAGAAUCGCUCAUGGGCCCCCCGCCUCGACCAGGGUCAGUCACUACUUCGCCUUCAAUCCUCGCCCAAGGCAGCAGGCCCGGGUCUGUGUCCAGCUCUGAGGGUCCGGGUGUAUGUCCAGCAACACCCGCGUCAUUGAUGGGAAUCCAGCCUUUGCCGAAGACAGCCCCUCAGCCAGGUUCCCAAUCGGGUACACCGUCAUUCGUACCGCAAAAUGGCACGCAGCCCGUGCUGGAUGAUUUGACACUGCCUGAAGCCGCUACAGACGAGCCGGUACGGCCUAGUAUGUCGCGUUUGGAUACCGCCUUCCAAGAUGACCAGUCUACGCCUCGGAUGCAUGCUCGCAAAACACCCAAGCUGGGACCACUCAGCACCCCGUCAGGUCCACUGUCAUCGUCCGCAAUGAACAGCCCCGCAAUAAGUGCUGUGGCUUCGCCAGUGUCGGGAGCGGUGAACGCCAAGAAACCUCAAUCUGGACGCGGGAAACAGAAGAGAGGGAGUGUAAGCUCGACGAUGGUUAGUCCUGCUUUGCGGCCGAGAAUUAGCCCAAGCAUCAAACCUCUGCUUCCUCAGGGUGCAAGCAUGAGUGAAGAUACUCAAGCCAUGCUUCUCGCAACCAAAUCCAACUACCAAAACAUCCUCGAGGGCACCCAUCUCCCUGGUGUCUCGUACCCAGAGGCCCUUUCUACGAACCUCACAUCCAAGCGCACUUCUCAUAAGAUUGCCGAACAGGGCCGUCGUAACCGCAUUAACCUGGCGCUCCAGGAGCUACAGUCUAUGAUCCCAAGUCCAGCGCUGUCGCCCAAAGACGCUGGCGCCAAUCCAGCUGUGACGAAUGGAGGCGGUACUGCCGAAGAAAAGGAGAAGGAGAAGGAAAGGCAAAACAACAGCAAGGCAAGCACGGUGGAGAAUGCGAUUGAGUAUAUCAAGCUUUUGAAAAAGAAGGACGAAGAGAGAGAUCGCAAGAUGUUAGAGCAGCGAGAGGAGAUUGAGGCGCUGAGGAAGAAACUAGAGACCAGCGCGGGGGUUGCGAAUCCCGUCACAGAAGAAGCGGCGGUUAACGGGGAGCCUGCAAAGGACAAGGCGUAGGAGAAGCAUCAAAUGGAAGGAGCCGAGCAUCGAGCUGGUAGCAGCUUAGGAGUUUGGGAGGUAUGCGUUGUGAUAGAUACCCAUAUCCAUGAGCUGGUCAAGUUGCAGGGUGGCUAGCGAUUUGAUUGUAUGGGCGCAGGGCGUACUUCAUGAUUCAUUGUUGUUACAUCGGGGCGAUGUAAUGAUUGCAUUUUUCGGAUUCUGGAUUAGAUGAUUUAGCUAUGAUAGAAGACCCGGCCGGCCAGAUCCGUUGCUCCGAGGAUCGACUUAUUGCUGGUAUAUAACUCUUGUAAUUGACAAUAGAGGU